AGUUGAUGCUAGCCAAGUGAUGAAUGUGGUAAAAACUUUUUCUCUUAAUUACCCUUACAAUUUAGGGCUUAGAAGAAAGGAUUAGGAUUUAGGGAAAAGUCCCACACACACUAUUUUCUCUGAGCUUCGAACGACAACAACUACCUACCUAACUGCCAAUACUAUGAAAUCAAAUUCUUGAAUAUUUGCCUCCAUUAAAUCCCAAGAUUCUGAAGAAUCUCCAUUUUACAAUGCGUUGUCAUUCUCUGCUGCUAUUGUGGAUUCAUUUCUUUCUCUUCAUCAGCCUCAGUUUUCUGUCACUUUCUGUUUCUUUCUUGCCUUCAGAAAACGUCACCCUCUAUGGUGACGCCUUCUUCGCUGACAAUGCCAUUAGUCUCACCAAGGAACUCACUUGCUUUUCUUCUUCUUCUUCUGGAAUGGGAAGAGCUUUCUACGUGUACCCUGUUCGCUUUCUUGAUCCUGUGACAAACUCCACUGCUUCUUUUACAUGCCGCUUCUCUUUCUCAAUCAUUUCCUCUCCUUCUUGCCCUUCUGGGGAUGGCAUUGCUUUUCUCAUAGCAUCAAGCACCGACUUUGCAAGCCUCUCACGUGGUUAUAUGGGUCUUCCUGCACCUGUUUUGAACCAACAAGAUUCAUACUUUGCUGUGGAAUUUGACACCAGUUUUGAUCCUUCACUUGGUGACACCAACGGGAACCACAUUGGCAUUGAUGUCAGCAGUGUCGUAUCUUUUGCUUCCGUGGAUGCUCUUUCUCGUGGAAUUGAUAUCAAAAGUGGGAAACUCAUCACUGCGUGGAUAGAGUAUAGAGAUGCCAUGAAAAUGGUUCGUGUGUGGGUUGGUUACUCUUCAACUAGGCCUCCAACUCCCAUUCUUGCUUCCCAGAUAGACCUUUCCGAGAAGUUCAAGGAGUUCAUGCAUGUGGGUUUCUCUGCCUCUAAUGGACAGGGCUCAGGUAUUCACCUUGUUGAUCAUUGGCAAUUCAAAACUUUUGGUUACUCCCUUUCAGUGAGUCCUAUGGAUUUGGUAGAAGAAGGAGAUUGCUUCUUGUGUUAUGCAGGGGAUUCAACUACAUCCACCCGGCACAGUGAUGCACAUCACAGAAGGAAAAGGAUUGGGGAGAUGGCUCUUGGAUUGGGAGGCAUAACAGCAUUUGUGGUGUCAGCAUUGGCAGCAGUGGUUGUAAUCUGUGUUUUCUUGACAAAGAAAAAGGGUGUUGUUAGACAGAUUAGGGAUGGCCAAAGUUGUAGAUUUCAGACAUCAAAAGUGCCCACGAAAUUGUCACUUUCAGAGAUCAAAUCAGCCACAAUGGGGUUUAAUCGAGAUAGGCUUGUUGGGGAAGGUGCAUCAGCAAAGGUUUAUAAAGGAUCUCUUCCAUUUGGAGGAGAUGUGGCAGUGAAAAGAUUUGAUAGAGCUAAUGAUUUAGGCUGUUUGCCCAAUCCUUUCGCCACUGAGUUUGCUACAAUGGUGGGUUGCUUGAGGCACAAAAAUUUGGUUCAGCUUAAGGGAUGGUGCUGCGAAGGAAGUGAGUUGGUCCUGGUUUAUGAGUUCCUACCAAAUGGGAGCCUCAAUAAAGUUCUUCAUGGAAACUUCAAUUCUUCAAUUGUCCUUUCAUGGAAGCAAAGAGUUAAUAUAGUUCUGGGUGUUGCUUCUGCUCUUACCUAUCUUCACGAAGAAUGUGAGAGGCAAAUCAUUCAUAGAGAUGUCAAGACCUGCAACAUAAUGCUUGAUGCAGAUUUCAAUGCCAAGCUAGGGGAUUUUGGACUUGCAGAAGUGUAUGAACAUAGUUCUAUUACUAGGGAUGCUACUAUACCAGCAGGAACAAUGGGGUAUCUUGCUCCUGAAUAUGUUUAUUCUGGUGUUCCUACUGUGAAGACUGAUGUGUACAGCUUUGGGGUAGUGGUGUUAGAAGUUGCAACUGGGAGGAAGCCUGUGGAAGAUGAUGGCACUGUGGUUGCUGAUUAUGUGUGGAAGUUGUGGGAAAAGAAUAAACUCAUUGAAGCUGCUGAUCCAAGAUUGAUGGGAAAGUUUGAUGCAUUAGAGAUGGAAAGGAUGCUUCAGGUGGGGCUUCUUUGUGUACACCCUGACUAUGACAAGAGACCAAGAGUGAGAGAAGCAAGUAGAAUUCUUAAGAAAGAAGCACCACUUCCCUCGUUGCCUCCCAGCAAACCAAGGGUGAUAAUUAGGCCUAUUUGUCCAAAUGAUACACCCGAAACACAAAAUGUUAUCGGAGAUUGGCUCAGUACAGAUGAGGCUCCAUAUUUCACACCUAGGAGUCAAUUUAACUAG